UAACCCCAAUUCCAUCUCUGCGGUUCUAUGGCUACCACCGAUUGCCGCCUUUGAUUCCAAAACCUGUCGGAGGAGCGCCUCCCGCUGUCGCCGGGAACAGUCGUAGCAGUACCUCUUCCUCAGCUAUGGCGGCUCAACCCCAAAGGAAGCUUCCGAUACUCCUUUUUGACGUCAUGGACACAAUUGUUCGCGAUCCAUUUUAUCACGAUGUCCCCGCCUUCUUCCGAAUGGCGAUGAAGGAAUUGCUUGAGAGCAAGCAUCCAACUGCAUGGAUUGAGUUCGAGAAGGGGGAAAUAAAUGAGGUUGAGUUGGAAAGGAAAUUCUUUAAAGAUGAGAGAUCUUUUGAUCUCGAAGGCCUCAAAAACUGCAUGCGAAGAGGAUAUUCUUACAUCGAAGGUGUCGAGGAAUUACUUAGUGUGUUAAAGGCAAAUGGUUAUGAAAUUCAUGCUUUCACAAACUAUCCUAUUUGGUACAUAAUGAUUGAAGACAAGUUAAAACUUUCAAAUUACUUAUCUUGGACUUUUUGUUCGUGUCUAAUGGGAAAGCGGAAGCCUGACCCUAAUUUGUACUUGGAUGUUCUGAAACAUCUCAAUAUUGAGCCAGGCAGCUGCAUUUUUGUUGAUGACAGACUAGGGAAUGUUGAAGCAGCCAAUGAAGCUGGAUUUAAAGGCUUUCAAUUCAAGAAUGCAGAUGAGCUGCGCAAAGACUUGUCACUUGUUGGUGUCGACGUUUCAACUUGUUUAAGUAAAGAUUCUGCUCCAACCACUCAGUGUUCUUAGGCCUUGUUCUCUUCAUCUGAUUUAAUUGGUU